AUGUCAGCUCUACGAUUCGCACCACGUCUAUUGGCUGCCACUCCUGCCUUCAAGGCUCCAUUACGAGCAUUCUCAGCUACUCCUGCUGCUUUUCACCAUUGCGCUGCUAUCGUACAGAAACCGGCUCCAUCAUUUAAGGCUGCUGCUGUUCUUCCAAGCAAGCAAUUUGGAAGUGUCAACUUGGACGAUUACAAGGGAAAGAAAUGGGUCGUCUUGUUCUUUUACCCUCUGGACUUCACGUUCGUAUGCCCCACCGAGAUUAUCGAAUACUCUGAACGUUCAGAGGAUUUCAAGAAACUUGGAUGCGAGGUUAUCGGUGCCUCUGUUGACAGUGUACACUCUCAUCUUGCAUGGAUAAAUACCCCACGAAAAUCAGGUGGUCUCGGUGAAAUGAAGAUACCCAUCAUUUCCGACAUUACCAAAUCAAUAUCAAAAGAAUAUGGCGUAUUGAUUGAAGAAGCCGGUAUCGCAUUACGUGGCACAUUCAUUAUCGAUCCUAAGGGAAUACUUCGUCAAAUCACCAUCAACGAUCUACCUGUUGGCAGAUCUAUUGACGAGACAUUGAGGUUGUUGGAAGCAUUCCAGUUUACGGAUCUUCAUGGGGAGGUCUGUCCUGCAAACUGGAAGAAGGGUGCCAAGACCAUGAAACCCGACCCAGUCAAAAGCAAGGAAUACUUUAACGCGAUUUUGUUGUUGUACCCUGUGCCGAAUAAAGGCGAAGCUCAUGAUACCUUGUUGCAAGCCGUCGUGAUAUGGUUGGUUUUGGUUGAUUGA